UUUGGAUUGCGCUCAGAUCUUAACAGAAAGACGCACACGCACUUACAGAGCAGGAGUGGAGCAACAGACUGCGGAUCUGAGUGCCCUUUACCAGAGACUACUGUGCCUGUAAUUAAGGGGAUCAAAGCUCCCCUGGGAAUCGGCACAAACUCUACCCGUCUUAGAGGCACCUCAUCUUGGAUUGCAAUCUGGCUAUGUAUCGAUGGCAAUGCUUCUGAAUGUGGAUACUAUACACAGAAGAACAUAAAGGACAUCCGUUUCAGAAAGGGUAAAAAGAUCUGUAUACGGAACAAAAUGUACAGAUUAUUUAAGGAGCUGCAGGCACUUAUAUGUAAAUAAGGUAUUUUGACAGCAAGAAUGGAAGGAAUUUAUUAGACUUCUGCUGUUUAAGAAGGAAUAUUACAAUGCUCUGCAAAAUAUUUAAGUGAUGAUCUUUCAGUGGAAUAAGGGUGGAAUUGACUAGUUUGAGGAGACUUUCAACGCAACGGAAAUAAAAUCGAAUUAUUUGUUGGGAUAUAUAUUUAGCCAAUCCAAAAUAUCACUUAAGUGCUAAAUGACGAAAAAGAGAACGAAGCUGCAGCACAUUUAAAUGACAAGUCUUUCUGUGUGUUUAAUGGUCGGAUAUAUCGUUUAAAAUAAACGCUAUUACCUUUUUCUUUUGUGAGUGCCCGUCGUGCUUCAUGAAAUCCACCCGUUAAAUGCGGGUAUUAGCGCACUAAUUGAUUAAUACUGUAGAAGGGCUCACACUUUUUACUAAAGACGUUUUUGUGCUUCCUUUAGCGGAGAUCUUGGAUUCUGGCAUUUUUUUCUGGGAAACACGGAUCUAUUGAGGAGCGCUUCAUUCCAAACAACGGUCUCACGCCAGCCCCUGUCAUCCAGUCUAGACAAUUUGUCGUGGCUUUGAGUCCCGAGGUAACCAUGGCGACGAUCAGAAGCUCUAUGUGAAUUUUGGAGAAAAGGAGCAAAAACGAGUGAAAGAGUGGGCGAGGGAGAGUGUUCUUCAUUCAGUUGUGGUGAAAGUCUAAUUGGCCUGAGAGUUUCUCUCUCUCUCUCUCUCUCUCUCUCUCUCUCUCUCUCUCUCUCUCUCUCUCUCUCUCCCUCUCCCUCCUCUCGCGCGCUCGCUCGCUCGCUCAGUCUCUCUCUACUCCAGGAGACCGAGACACCGAGUAAAAAAGCUGGAGCCCACGGCUAAGCCAGUGCUGUUCAAAAGCAUUCUGGUCCAUGUUAUUCAACUCCGCACUGAACUAUUAAAAGUAUCGUCUUGCCCGACUUGGACCUUGCCUAUUUCUGAAAGCAUCGGGCUAACACACUUUACAUGUUAGCAGCAGGAAACCCUAACCCCAACACGCAGAAAUAAAGGCGUUCGUUUCAAUAUGCGUGAUCACCUCUCUCCACGCAGCAUGGGGAUUUCUCUGCUGGUCCUUCUCAUUUGCAGCUUGAUGUCGGUUCGCUUAGGGGUUUGCCAACCUUAUCUACGGCUGCGACCUUCCCCAAGCGACAACCUGCCGGUGGUGGAUAUCAUCGAGCACCCGGACCCGGAAUACGAUCCCCGGGAGCAGGACUUAAAUGAAAAGUUACUGAGGAAAAAGCUGGGCAGUAAUUUUGACCCAAACUUCAUGUCAGUAAGUGCCCCUCUUCAUGCCAAUCACUCAGUACAAGAGCCACUUCACAAAUUCAGGCUUCCUGGUCCCAUGCCCAGCGAAAUCAAGAAGAUGGACCUGUCCGAAACGCCAUAUGGUUUACGAAUGAAAAUUGGAAAGAAGGCGAGAAGGAAAUUUCUGCAGUGGCUUUGGACCUACACACACUGCCCCGUAGUGUAUACUUGGAAAGACCUGGGCGUCCGCUUUUGGCCACGAUACAUCAAGGAAGGAAGCUGCUUCAGUGAGCGCUCCUGCUCCUUCCCUGAAGGGAUGUUCUGUAAACCUGUCAAGUCUGUUACGAAGACUUUCCUCAGAUGGUACUGUCAAGGAUUUUUAAGACAGAAAUACUGCACGUGGAUACCUGUACAGUACCCCAUCAUUUCGGAGUGCAAGUGUUCUUGUUGAGCUUGGGGUUAAAGCAAUAAAAAAAAGACACACAAAUACACAAGGACAACAACAAGAAACAAACUGGAAUUAUAGUAACAAUUGCACUGUAAACCUUUAUUUUAAUGUUAAUUUUAUUUUAUUUUACAAACCAGAGAUGAGCUAUGGUGUUAUCUGGAAAAAUCUGGGAAAGGGAGUCACGAUAGCGAAAUCUAUUUUUAUAUAUAGCAUUCUAAUAAUAAAUUACCAACUUUGUAUAUAUUUAAAUUUUAAAGAAAAUGCAGCUAUUUUUUUUUAAUACAGGACCAUAUUUCAGCCUAUCCAGAAUGUGUUUUUGGAGGGGGUACCUAAGCACUUCCAAAUGUAGGCGAUUUUAUGAAUUCUAUGCCGUGUGAAGUGAGUGGAUGUAAAAAGGCAAAAAAAAAAAAAAAAAACAGAAAAUCGUGUUUUGAAACAAUAUUUGUGCUAUGACUAAAAUGAACAGAAUAUUAUUUACAAGUGCUGCCUAGAUUUUUUUCUAUAUUAAUAAUUAAAACAGAAAAGCUGAGGAUAAAAUUGUAAAAUGAGUGAACUCAGUUUUUGGAAUACAUAUAGUAUUGUAGAGAAGUAAUACAAUGUGUACAAUUUAUUUAUUUUAACAAUUGUGAGCAUAUAGAUACAGAAAUAGAAUAAUAUACCAGUAAUAAUGAAAGAUGUUUACUUGAAUAUUUCUAAAAAAAUAAAGAAAACAUCAUAUAAGUUUAUAUAUAAGUGUUACACUUUUAUAGCAAUAAAGUCUAUCUCUAAAAA